AUGUCAUCCAAUAUUAAAAAAGAUUAAAAGAAAGCUUCAAAUCAGUUCUUAGAUUUUGAUUAAUUAGCUCAUAAGAAAUAUCAUUAUGAUCAAAAGAAAGCAAAUGAUUAAUCUAUUAAAUAAGAAUAGUAUAUAAAUGAUCUAAAAAAAGCGUAGUUUAUUUUAAUAAUUAGUUAUGAUUAAUAAAAAUUAGAGAUUGAACCUUUAUUUUAGAAAGUUGAAUUGUUAUAGAUAGAAAGAAAAUAAUUAAUGGAUGAAAUUGAAUAAUAUAAAAUGAGUUAGAUGGAAAUUCUUAAAAAAUAUGAAACAGAAUAUUAAGAAAAAGAUAAAUUGAAUAAGGAGUGCACAAAGCUCAAAUAAUAAAUUUAAGCUUAACAGAAGAUGUAAAUGCCAAAAGAAUUUUAAGAGAAAUAAUGUAAUCAAUUAAAAGAAACUCUAUUUGUUACAAUCAAAGAUAUAAUGCAUGACUUUUUAGAUAAUUACAAUCUAAUGAUGGGUUGUGUAGAUGAAAAUGGAAGUAUUAUUAUAUUAUUAAUAUUUUAAGUUUCUGGCAAUUUGUUAGAUGAAUUAUUAUAAUAAAUUGAUGAUUCAAUCAUUAUGUUUGUAAAUAAUAUAUCUACUUAAUAAACUAAAUAAUAUGAAUCAUAGGAGAUACAACAUUUGAAAGACUAAAUAGAAAAAACUCUUUAAACAGUAUCAAAUUUGACUGCUGAAAACUAAGAUUUAAGUACAGCAUUAGAUAUUGAGAAAUAAUAUAAAGAAAAAAUAUUAAAUUAAAGAAACACCUAAUAAUAAUUGAUCAAUCAAUUACAAAAUUAAAUAGAGAUAAUUAAUAAUGAGAAGAAAUUACUUGAAUAAUAAAUGUAGGAAAUUUAAAUGAAAAAUCUAGAAUUUUAACAUGAUUUAAGUAGAGUAAAUGAAUUCAAAGAUGAAGAAAAUGAAAAAUUAAAAAAUGAAUUUAUUGAUUCAAUCAAUGAACUUUAAAAAUAAAUUUCAAAAUUAUAAAUAGAAAAUACUAAAUUGACUUCAUUAAUUGAAAAUAAUACUAAAGAUACAGAAUUGUUAAAAGAAAAAGUAAGAGAAUUAGAAAGCAAAUUAAAUUAAGAAACUAUUAAAUUUGAGUAGAAAUCCAGAGAAGUAAAUGAAAUAUAUAAUAAUAAAAUAGAUGAUAAGAAUUGAAAAAGAAUAAACUUAAUACAAAGUUGAAGCAACUAAACUAUUUGAAGAAAAUAGUUAUUACUAAUAGUAAUUAGAAAUAAUUAAAGAAAAAAGAAAAUAAGAUAAAGAUGUUCUAGAGAAAUAAAAAGAAAAAUUCAAGAAACUCGAAUUGUAAUUGUAAAAAUCAGAGAUAGAUUCGUAAACUAAAAUAGCCUAAUUAGAAGAAUAAAUUACAUAACUUACUUAAUUGUAAGAAAAAGAUAAUUCUACAUAAUAAAUUACCUUACAAACAGAGAUUUUAAUGGAAAAAGAAAUUUAAUUAUCAAAAUUAGAUUAACUGGUUACUGAGUAAUUAUAUAUGUUAUUUUUAGAUCUACCUAAAAAAUCAAUGAAUAAAAGUAAUAGAUUGUAGAAAUGAAGAUUUAAAUUAAUACAUUAGAAUAAGAAUUAUAAUAAUAAAUACUUACCAAUUAAUAACAUUAAGAAAGAAGGGCAAAUGCUUUUAACGAAAUAAAUCGUUUAGAACAACAAAAUUAAAUUUAAAAAUAAGUAAUUCAAUUAAAACAUAAAUUAGCGUAUUAAUGAUUAAGAUUUAACAAUUAAAUAGCUAUAAUCUGAAGUUUAAGAAUUAUUCAAAUAGAUAAAUAUAAAUUCUCAAUAAAAUCAUACACCAAAGCAUAAUCAAAGCUUUAGUAAAAAUUCUAUGAGUGAUGGCAAUAAUUUAGAUUCAUCAAGAUUAACUGAUGUUGAUAGUUCAAUCUCUAAGACUGCCAAAGCUGCUUCCAUUAUAUUAAAUGGCUUGAAUUAUUUUAAACUUAGACCUUAAGUCUCUAUUCAAUAAGUUGAGGAUCCAGAUAGAAAAAUUGCUGAAAAAGCAUUAUAAAAAUAAGCAGGGGAUUUGAAAUCAAAUUUGGAAUAAUUAUACAAAAGUUUCUUGUCAACUUUUAUGUAAAAUUAAGUUAAUGAAGAAAAAUUUUUGAAGUUUGAGAGACAAAUUAAUGAAUGUGUUAAAAAAACAUAAGAUUUACAUGACAAUUUUGAAGAUUUUUUUUGA